CCUCUCAGCAUCAGACGGUGACCAGUCUGGUGACUCACACCUGCAGCCAUGAACUACCCCCUAACCCUGGACAUGGAGCUUGUCAAUCUGGAAGACCUGUACAGGGACUUGGCCAACUACAACGACAACAGCACUGAGAGCCCCCUGGAAAAUCACUUCUGCUCCACCGUUGAGGGACCCCUGCUGACCUCCUUCAAGGCCGUGUUCAUGCCCGUGGCCUACAGCCUCAUCUUCCUGCUGGGUCUGAUGGGCAACAUCCUGGUGCUCGUGAUCCUGGAGCGGCACCGGCAGACACGAAGCUCCACCGAGACCUUCCUGUUCCACCUGGCGGUGGCUGACCUCCUUCUGGUCUUCGUCCUGCCCUUUGCUGUGGCUGAGGGCUCUGUGGGUUGGGUCUUGGGGACUGCCCUCUGCAAAACAGUGAUUGCCUUGCAUAAGCUCAACUUCUACUGCAGCAGCCUGCUGCUGGCCUGCAUCGCCGUGGAUCGCUACCUGGCCAUCGUCCACGCUGUGCACACUUACCGCCACCGCCGCCUCCUCUCCAUCCACAUCACCUGCACCACCAUCUGGCUGGUGGGCUUGCUCUUCACUCUGCCGGAACUCCUCUUUGCCAAGGUCAACCAACCUCAUCACAACGAGUCCCUGCCAAGCUGCACCUUCUCCCAAGAGAACCAGGCUGAAAGCAGAGCGUGGUUUGUCUCUCGCUUCCUCUACCACGUCGGGGGCUUCCUGCUGCCCAUGCUGGUGAUGGGCUGGUGCUAUGUGGGGGUGGUACACAGGCUGUGCCAGGCCCAGAGACGCCCUCAGAGACAGAAGGCCGUGAGGGUGGCCAUCUUGGUCACGAGCAUCUUCUUUCUCUGCUGGUCACCUUACCACGUUGUCAUCUUCCUGGACACCCUGGCAAGACUGAAUGCCGUGGAUAAUAGCUGCGAGCUGAAUGGCUAUCUCCCUGUGGCUAUCACCAUGUGCGAGUUCGUGGGCCUGGCCCACUGCUGCCUCAACCCCAUGCUCUACACGUUCGCUGGCGUGAAGUUCCGCAGUGACCUAACUCGGCUUCUGACCAAGCUGGGCUGUGCCGGCCCCGCCUCCCUGUGCCAGCUCUUCCCGAGCUGGCGCAAAAGCAGUCUCUCUGAGUCGGAGAACGCCACCUCCCUCACCACCUUCUAGGUCCGGCGGCCACCUUGGUUUUUGCUUUCCUGGGGCAUGCGGAGAAGCUGGAAGGCCAGAAGCCAGAAGCAGCUGGCUCCCAGGAGCCCCUUGGGCCAGCAUCCUCAGGUGGAGCCAACCAAGAUCAUUGUGCUCAACAGCAAACCAAAGGUGGCAUCCCCUUGGGCUGUGCACCAUCUCCACCCAACCAGCCACAAUCUCAAGAACCCAUUUUACUGCUGUCCUGGCCAUAGGGAAGGCUGUUCCCUCCCAGAAUACACUUCGUUACUGAAACCAUUGACCCUGCCCUAUUAUCCAGACAGAUGCCAGGCACGACUUCAGGUGUGUGCGUCCCUGCUUGCCCUGCAGGGAGGACAGUCCACUUACGCCUGCGCAUCAGCAUUCUGUUGUGGGCCCAGCCGGAUGGGCCCUGACGGCCUUCUCACUAACCUCUGCCUCCCGCUUGAACCCAUAAAAGGCCCAACUCCUGCCCCCCGACCUGCACAACCUCCAACCCAUGGAAAGGUUGCUGCCCCUUGCUGUCAUGCCUCAAUAAACAGUCCUAACCUGC